AUGCCGGGUGGAGUUUCAUGGUCCCGUUAUAUUGGUGCUGUUAUUGGAGCGAGUGUGUCGAUGUUUGCUGGCGCACAGUGUGUUCAUAUGUUAUAUCGUCCGCUUGAGGAUUUUCAGUCCAGAUUUGAAGCAGAAAAAGAAAAUCUCAGGAAAGCUAAAGUGAACGAUGAUUCAUAUGCAAAGACAUAA